AUGACUCACUGCCCCAUUGCUAAAACUAAUCGUGAGGUUGUGCCUGUUGUGAGUGCCUUCUCAGGUGAGGCUAAGUGUGGUUCCAAACCACCUUCACGCGUUCCGUGCUGUUGCUUAGAUUAUUGCACGUGCCGGUUUCCUAGGAGACAGUCUAACCACAACAAGUAUUACCAUAACUUCAUUCAAGCACCCUCUUCCCGUAGUUAUCAUUUUAAAGAUAGACAAUCUCUUAACAAGCGAUGUUUGUACUGCCUACCAGAACAAAAAUUAAUCCAUGACGAUGAGAUAGCAAACCGUCAGCAACGUUGCCGAGCCACACGAUCGGCUUUGUUGAAGAAAAGAAGGAGUUUAAAGGAUAAAACAUUACUUUCGCCAUAUGUUAAUUCGUACCGCAGAAACGCCGCAGAGCUGCUUCGCAUUUUAACAAAUAAGUUUCACCAACGCGAGCUAGAUCUUGAAUACGAAAAACGUUUGAAGGAGCUUCGAGAAGAGCUCAAGUCACGGGUGAAAGGGCGGGUGCAGAGGAAUAAGUUAGAUCGCCUACAGGACAUGUAUGAUAGCAAUACUCAAACCGACAAACUAAUUUCGGACACCUGUAAACAGUUUCCACCGCCUUGUUCACGAUGCAAUCCAAGGGGCUGUGAGUCUACGUUUCCGAAACAGGAGUCUUUAAGGAGUUGGCGUGAGCCACCAUGUCAUUCACCCCGUCUUAGGCCUCGUGUUCCCCAUUCGGAUCGCAAACAGGGGGUAUCCCCUCCUAUGGUUCAAUGCAUCACUUGUGAACAUAUGGAGCCACCACCGCGGAAAUUGAACGCUGACACCGCACAUUAUUCAGCCAAAUCUCACUUAACAAAGAAAUCUUUACAAAACCAGGAAAGGAGCCCGUCAGUUCCUCUUCAGAGCGGUAAGACGCCCUCUCCGGGACGCCAGGGCGGCGCCCUUGCUGAGGCUCACUCUCCAAGAGAUAAUAAAGGAAAUUGUUGUCCCUCUUGUGGACACCCCCUCACAUGGGCCUCUGCCACGGAAGUUGUUUCAAUGCUGGUAAGAGGAAAGUUCAAUGAUUUUUUCCAUUGUAAUAGUUGUGGACUCGUGGCUGGAAAGCCAUAUCCACGGGUAAACAACGCAGCAGGUCAUCACCCUAUCAUGGGCUCAUCUAUCCGCCGCUCACGCAGCAUGUCAUCAACCUAUUUAAGGUCACCAUUCUACGGUCGUAGGGUGCUUAUCACUGACGAUAGCUACCUUCAUUAUCGGUCCAAAUUAUUCUCGGAAUGGGAGAAAUCCGGUGCUAUUGAACGAGUAUCGUCUACAAAACGCAGCCUGAGCGCGUCGCUGCCUGAUCGCACACAGAAAUGGAGGACACUUCCAUCAUGGCCAAUCGUAGUGCGGUAG